AUCCCAAGGAAAUAUUCUAAGCAAAGGUAUCAUACCUGGAAGAGCUGCACAGUCCUUGCCCCAAACUCUACCAUCAAAAAGAUAACGGCUACAGACUACGGGUGGAAGAAUAUCAAGAUCGAUCAUUGAAAGCCCAUUUCCAGCAGGAACAUUGAGAUGAUCCUGUAGAACAAUAUCAAUAGGUACCUCCAAAAGGCCGUGGCCAUACAAAAGUUCAACUGUGGUCAAGGAUGAAGAACAAUUAGACAACCAACGUCGUAGAAUAUAGUGCUCCAUUGUGUGGAAAGGAGGCCAGACAAUAUACUGAGUCGUUUGGAGAAUAAAUUUUGAUACAUGCGGAAUAGAGGCGAAAAAGGUACACCAUGUGGAAUGAGACCAGGGCCGGGAAUCGAGCAAAGCUGUCAACAGGGAGAGAGGAGCGGACGAAACGAGUGAUGGGAACGAUGAAGAGGUUGUCGUAUAGUGGAUAUGAUAGUGCUACUGUUGUGACUGAUGAUGAAACUGGAACUCGAGAUAAGGGGUGGCAACAGCAAAGCAAAGCAGCGGCAUACGGUCAGAAGCUGUACAAGGUUCUUGUGUUCAUCUAUGCGGUCACGGUGGUGUCUGUCGUAUAUGACAAGGGAUUGUUCAUCGACAGGUGGAAUGGUGGUCGGGUCAAAUACAAAAGUAAGAGACAGAGAAACGCGAGCAAUGAGGAUCUCCCGGACAAUGUCUUCGGGAACUUCAACCAAAAAUGA